AUGAGCACAGAGUAUGAGUAUUUGGAAAACGAGCAAUUGAAAGAAGCACUAAAACGAUACGAAGACAAAAGAGAAGAAGUCUAUAAAGAGCUAGAAAUAGCUUUUGUUCAACAAAAAGUUAGAAGCAAGAUUUUAAAGAAAGAAACACCAGGCGUUGAGAUUCUUUUUUUCGAUAGCUCAAAUGCUCUUGGAGAGGAAAAUUUUGAGAACUUGAUUUCGGAAAGUGCAGAGAACGAAAGUAUAGAAAAUGCAAGUCUAUCAAACAACGAAGACCCACUUGACGACAAGGUCAUAAGCAUUGCAUCUGAAUUGUCUGAAAUAUAUGAAGAUAAGUACCAGAAAGAACAGCAGCCUGCCAGGACAAGGCUUUGCGAUUACCUGGAUCUUGAAGCUGAAUACUCGGGUGAUGAAAAUGAAGAGGAGUCAAAAGACCAGGACUUGAGUGAGAUAAUUGACAAUACCGUUGACAACAAAAUUAAGCUUGAUCACUUUUUGAAUGAGCAACGAGAAAACGAUGAAAAAGUAUUAAGGAAAUUAAAAGAAAAAUUCGUAAGGAAGGACAGGGCCAAAGUAUCACAUGAGUUUGAGCUACUGGAAUUUGAAUCAAACGAUGAAUUUCCCGAGAUUGAGGAGUUUAAGUUUGACCAAAACGAAGUGGUAGACGACCCCUCUAACAUUGAAGAUGUCUCGCUGUUUACAUCAGCUAAUUUGAACAGGAAGGUUAAAAUUGAUCCAAGCAAUGUUUUUAAUAAUGCCGAUGCAGUCAUUCAAAAGCUCACCAGAAAGGAGGAGACUAAAAACACAGGCUUUAUAGAGAAAAGCCAUUCAAAAAUGCAAUAA